AUGACUCGUGUCUCUGAAUCUAGUGACUCUGACAAUGUCACAACAAAUUCUCCAGACACUCCACGUCCAAUCAUCCCGCACAGAAAGCUUCUUCCGUUGGUUCAAAGCACCCAUCGUGCCCUCGUUCUAAGGCCUGCUCCAUUUACCGAACCCCAAGUUGAACAAGUCCCUAUGCCGUCUCUACUGCCCGGAAGUGUUCUUCUGCGUAUCCUGGCAACGCCCCUCCACUCUUUUAGUAAGCUAGGUUUUGAUUUUUACAACCAUUUCAGAUCUCCUUAUGAAAUCCCGAUUAUUCCCGGCUCAAGUGCAAUUGCCCGUGUGAGCCAGGUCGGUGACGAUGCAACCACUCUGAAGGUUGGUCAACUGAUCUUCUUUGACUCGGUCAUGAAAGGAAGAGAUAACCCGGAGAUGGUUCGAUUUUCCAACCCCGUGUAUCAUGGAUUUGACUCUCAAAUCAAGGAAAUCAUGGCCUAUAGCGGGUUUGCAGAUGGCUCAUAUGCCGAGUUCAUGAGGGCACCACUUGAGAAUUGCUAUCCAUUGGAUGAAGAACAACUUUGUGCUAUUGCGACAUUCCUCAGGCCUUUCGGUGGACUGAGUAGCAUUGACGUGAAGCCCGGUGAAACCGUGUUGAUUUCUCCGGCCACUUAUCCAAACGGCGUUGCUGCAUGCAUGGUUGCUUUGGCUAUGGGUGCAAAAGUUGUAGCCUGGUCUCACGAUGAUGCUAAGCUCAUGCGUCUCAAUCAGAUCCUAUCAUGCACUUUCAACGGUUCUUGCGAAAGAAUCUCCACGGUAACCUGGACAGGCAACCGCACGAAUGAUGCCUACAACAUCAGCAAAUUCGGUCCGAUGGAUGUAUUCCUCGACAUUUCUCCUCCUGGGGCUCGAGGAUCUUUCCAUCUCAAAUCCGGCAUUAUGUCGCUCAGACCUGGAGGCCGGGUGAGUCUGAUGGGUGCCUAUGAAGAGCUUGAGAUCCCAAAUGUCUUUGUUACACGUUCUAAUAUCACAUUGAAGGGAAACUGGAUGUAUGAGCGAAAGGAUGUUCUUGCAUUGAUCAAGAUGAUCGAGAGGGGGAAUCUUCGCCUGAAAGAAGAGGACGGAUGCUAUGUUGCUGGCCAAUUUGGUCUGGAUCAGUGGAAGGAUGCAUUGGCAGCGGCUGAUAAACUCACAGGUAUUGGAGAGAGUGUCGUGUUUUCUUUCUAG